ACUGGAGUAGAACUGCUACUAAUGGUUUAAGGAUGCAGAAUAUUAAUCAAGCUGUAUCCAAUUCUUCACAUUCUUUACAAUCCAACAGUAACUCUACUAAUUCCACAUCGAUGCUAAUGAGCAAUGAUUAUUCUGUGCAAUCAAAUGGUAAUGAAAAUAUAUCUCGGGGGAAAAAUGGUGUUUCUUUCCAUGUAAAGAAUAGUGAUGUGCAGCUUCCUGAGUUUUUAGUAAAACAGCAAGUCUUUCAUGAAAAUGAUAUAUCCCACAAAAAGUCUUGCAUUUCACUGAGAAGGACUUCCCAAAAAAAGACCCUGCAAUUUAUGGAACCAUUAUGACUUUUAAAAUAUUUCCAUUAUUUUACCAAGUAAUAUACAGGUUUAUUUUAACUGUUACACAUAAUGUGAGAAAAAGAAAGUCAUUAAUGAACAGGAGCAAAACUUCAACUAUUUCCCCUUUUAAUACAAUUGAUAGAUAUUAAAAAUAGCUUUAUGGAUGCAAAACAUGAACAACUGCUUAUUUGCUCCUUCCCUACUCCAAAAUUUGAGUUGCAAAAGUUUUUUAUAUACUUGACUGAGUUACAAAUAGCUCAAACUACAAUGCAAUAAUGCUAUGUUAAAACAGAUACAAAUAAGCUAAAGUCUGAAAAAGAUGCAAAUACUGACUUUCUGAAUAAUGUGCAUGGCAUUAUAACUUCCUUUUAUCAGGAUGUGAUCACAGACAUUAUAUUUUUAUAUAGAGAAAGCUAUCUGUCUUUUGAUUAUCCAAUAAAUUUAUAUUUAUUUCCAAUUAACUGUUAAUAUUAUUUUGUAUAAAAAUAAGCCUGUCCUUUUGAAGUUUUACUGUAAUUAUUGUACAAACAUGAAUUGCUUUAUUAUUCUUGCAUACAACCAUUUGUAGCUGUAUCUGUAAAUAACUUUAAAAUGGUGAAGUUAAAUAAACAAUCUAACUGUAAAUAUGAGUUAUG